AUGUUCCCAGCUGCAUCCCUGUUGACGACUCUCCUCCUGGCCUUGUCCAUCGCGGCAUCGCCCGUUGAAAUUCGCAACUCCCCCAUCACCCUCCCCAUCGCCAGGAGGCUAAACACCUCCGGUGGUACCAUCAACAUCCUGCAGCAUGAUCAAUCUCGCGCAGCUGCCCUCAAAAAUGUCGGCGAAAACACUCUCAACCGUCGUACUGGUAGCAUUGCUGUGACAAACGAUGCUGUAGGCUACAUCGCAGCUGUUGGCGUUGGCAGCCCCGCCACAACUUACAACUUGAUUGUCGACACCGGUAGCUCGAAUACAUGGGUUGGCGCCGGCACUGCAUACGUAAAGACCAGCACCAGUGUCGACACUGGCGAGCCUGUAGCAGUCACCUACGGUUCCGGCUCCUUCUCUGGUAAGACAUACAACGAUAUCAUCAGAACUGAUGGGCUCACCAUCACCAAGCAGUCGAUUGGUGUUGCUGCUACUUCGACGGGCUUCUCCGGUGUUGACGGUAUCAUUGGCAUCGGGCCCCUAGACUUGACAGAGGGGACCCUGACAAAUGAACCGGACACGACGAUCCCGACUGUCACCGACAACCUGUAUAGCCAAGGCACCAUUGCUGAGAUAGUUGUUGGUAUCUCUUUCGAGCCCACCACUACGGAGACAGACACCAAUGGAGAGCUUACCUUCGGUGGAACUGACGCUACCAAGUACACCGGCGCCAUUGCAUACACUCCUCUCACCACUACCUACCCUGCAUCCUACUACUGGGGUAUCAACGAGAGCAUUACUUACGGCACCACGACCAUCCUGGCUGAGACAGCUGGUAUUGUUGACACUGGCACUACCCUCAUCCUCAUUGCCACCAACGCCUACAGCAAGUACCAGUCUGCAACUGGUGCUACUGAGGACAACACGACUGGUCUUCUCCGCAUUACCACCACCCAGUACGAUGACCUCGAGGACCUGAACUUCAAUGUUGGCAGCAACACCUACGCUCUCACCCCUAACGCCCAGAUUUGGCCUCGUGCCCUUAACACCUACCUUGGUGGUAGCGCCAACUACAUCUAUCUCGUUGUCAACUCCAUUGGCACACCCAGUGGUGAAGGUCUUGACUUCAUCAACGGCUACACUUUCCUUGAGCGUUUCUACUCCGUAUUCGAUACCACCAACUCCCGAGUCGGUUUUGCCACAACCUCAUACACGGAUGCUACCACCAACUGA